UCUAUGAUCAGGUCAUCUGCCAACAGAGAGCUUGCCAUUCUAAUGACUCAGUCUGCUUAUCCCGGCCCUUGGAAGACUGACUCUGCAUCGGAUUACCCUCACUGUUCGAGCUCUCUAUCACCUCCUCCGGUGCGUUCUUUAAUAAGCAAGGCCUGGACGUCGAGUUCCGGAAGUAAACCUCGCCGAAAAUCCGGCCUUCCUGUCUGGUCUAUUUUCUCUGAACCCGAACAAGUUAGGCAACCAGAGCGCCAAUUGCCAGAAACGUACUUUCAUGAAAUAGGAAAUACUGGAGACGAAAUGAAUAAAGAGGGCUUAGUAACGCCAAUUUGCAAUGUUGCUUCAACUCGUUGGUUCGCCUAUCCAAUUUAUCGUCCUGUGUCAUGUAUUUAA